AUGCUUGCCUAUUUCUGGCCAAAGUCCAAUAUUCAUGAAAUACGAAUACUUGAAGAUGCAAAGGUGGAGAAUGUACGUUUAAUUGAUCGCUUCAACAGUCAUCAACAAAUAAUUGGUAACGAUCACAAUAAUUACUAUGAUUCGUCUUGUACUAUAGUUAAAUUUUUUCUUCUUCUUCUUCGUCUUCGUUUAACAGGCACAAUCUAUUUGACUUCGACACAUCUUAUUUUUAUUGAUCCAGAAGGCAAACGAGAAACUUGGAUUCUUCAUUCUCUUACAUCCUCUGUUGAUAAAUUACCAACAACGCAACAUGGUUGCCCGUUACGUGUUCGAACAAAACAUUUCCUUGCAGCAGAAUUUACCAUUCCAAAAGAACGUGAUUGUGCUGAUUUACAUGCCACACUCAAUCAACUAAAACCAGAUUCUUAUGAAAAACUCUAUUGUUUUCUCUACCAAGCACCAAAUUAUCUUGAAAAAAUUUGGGACCCAUUUUUGUUGGCCACAGAAUAUAUGCGAAUGGGUGUACCAAAUGCGGAUUGGAAAGUUGAAGAUGGAAAUAGCAAUUUCGACAUGUGUGAUACAUAUCCGCCAUUAAUCUAUGUACCAAUAUUAACAACAAAAGCAAUGUUAUUUGGAAGUGCGAAAUUUCGAAGUCGCGGACGAUUACCUGUUCUUACCUAUUUACAUCCGAAUGGGGCAUCAAUAACUCGAUGUUCACAACCAUUAUCUGGUUUUAGUGCUCGUUGUCAAGAGGAUGAACAACUUCUCCAAUGUAUACUUAAAACAAACCCAUAUUCAAAUACAAUGUAUAUCAUUGAUACAAGACCUCGGAUCAAUGCUGUAGCUAAUCGUGCAGCUGGUAAAGGUUAUGAAAAUGAAGAUUAUUAUUCAAAUAUUCAAUUUAAAUUUUGUUCUAUUGAAAAUAUUCAUAUUAUGCGUGGCAGUUUACAGAAGCUACUUGAAACAUGCGAGAUGAAAAAUCCGACAAUGAAUCAAUAUUUAAAUGCCCUAGAUAAUUCAUCAUGGUUACAACAUAUAAAAUCGCUUUUAGAUACUGCUGUAUUAAUUGCUCGAGCUAUUGAAGUUGAAAAGAAAAACGUUCUUGUUCAUUGUUCCGAUGGUUGGGAUCGAACAGCACAAUGUUGUUCAUUGGCAUCGCUACUUCUCUGUCCAUAUUAUCGAUCUAUACAUGGUUUUCGAAUGCUAAUUGAAAAAGAAUGGCUUUCAUUUGGACACAAAUUUUCUGAUCGUUGUGGACAUACAGCAACAAGCGAUAGUAAAGAACAAUCGCCGAUUUUCCUUCAGUUUAUUGAAUCUGUGUGGCAAUUAAGUCAAAUAUAUCCAACAGCAUUUGAGUUUAAUGAACGUUUCCUCAUAUCCUUACACGAUAAUUCACAUUCAUGUCAAUACGGAAAUUUUAUUGGCAAUUGUGAAAAGGAUCGUCUCGAUUUGUGUGUUAAAGAACGAACAUAUUCAUAUUGGAAUUAUGUAUUACAAAAUGUAAACGAUUUCAAAAAUCCAUUAUUUCGACCACAGUCAUCCUAUGCAAGUGAAGUUCUUCUGCCAGUUAUAAACGCUCAAACACUAAAAUUUUGGUUAAGCAUGUAUCAUCGUUUUGAUAGUUCAUUAUUACCAAAAGAAAAUAUUUCCAAUACAUUAGCACAUCUCGUUGAUCACACACUGUCACUUAAUGAUCAUGCACGAUUAUUAGAAAAGCGCAUUCGCGAACUUCAUUCAAUGAUCGAUGGUGAUCGUACAACAAGACCAACAACAACUAGCAGUAGUACGACAACAACAACAACAACAACGACAACAUCAAACGAAGAUGUUGAUGAUUCUGAUGUUGAGAAAGGAAAUCAUCAUAAGAAAAUAUCACUUCCAGAACUUGAUAGUGGCAUCAGUGAAGCAGAACUAUCUCAAACACGAAUAGCAGAUUCAAUAUCAUUAAAAUUAAAUACAAUACUUAAGCCACCAACAUUAUCUACAUCGGAUGUUGAAAGUGGUUUUAGUGGUGAUUAUUCACCACAUGGAAAAACUCCAUUAUCAUCAUUUAUAUUUCAACGUCAGUCAAGUAUUGACACAAAUGACAUGCCAACCAUAGAACGUAUUGCAUUGGAACUUAAUUCAAUAGCACUCGAUUGGCGUUCAUAUCAUACACCACUCCAUUGUUCUUGUUCAUUACCAUUCGAUUCUGCACAAAGAAAAUAUAAUUGUUGGAGAUGUGGAGAAAAUUUUUGUGCACGUUGUAUUGAACGUGGUAUUUAUUUGCCUGGUUUAUAUAGUAAUAGUCUAGCACCAGUUUGUAAGACAUGUGCACGCUCAAUAAAAUCUUCUCCGUCGUUCGCUGAUUUUUCAGCAUUAGUCAAAUCCAAAUCAACAGAAUUUAUUCGUAAUCAAACAGCCAUGAAAUUAUCUCGUUCAAUGAUUAUUGAUCAAUUCAAUAAUGACCGGUGA